AUGGCUCAACAACAACAGUCAGCUGAAAUAUCUCCAUCGAAACCAAUAACCACAAGUUCAACAUCAUGUCCAUUUCUUAUUACUGAUUGUGAUGAUGACGAUUCAGGUUCGAAUACAGCAGCAGUUACUAGUAGUAGUUCAACCGGAGGUACGCCAACAAAAAGACGAUUUGGUUAUUCACGUCAAGAAAAAAGUCUCGGAACUUUAACACGCCGUUUUAUGUCACUUUUGAGACAAUCAAAAACUGGUGUUAUGGAUUUAAAACAUGUCGCAGAUUCUCUUGCUACGAAACAAAAACGACGAAUAUAUGAUAUAACAAACGUUCUUGAAGGCAUUGGUCUUAUUGAAAAACAAUCAAAAAAUACAAUAAAAUGGAAAGGUGCUAUAUCUGGUGAUAAUACAGUCGAAGCAUAUGAACGUCUUCAUCGAGCUCAAGCUCAAUUACAAGAACUUGAAGAUGAAUCAACAUUUUGGACUGAAAAACUUCGGUUAAUUGAACGUAGUAUUGCCAAUACAUUCGAUGAUAUAACUUUAAAAGAUUUGUUGUAUUUGACACAAGAUGAUUUAUGUCAAGUUAUGGAUGAUGAUGUGGUUAUUAUAGCUGAAGGAAUAAAUGGAACAUCGAUGAAAAUAAAUGAAAUACAAAAUGGUGAAAAAAUAUCUCAUCAAUUUCAUUUUCAAAGUCGUCAUUAUCCAGUGAAUUUAAAACUAUUAAAUCGUAAUUCACAAACAAUACCAAAUAUGACAGAUGAUCAAAUAGAAAAUUCUUCUGCAGAAUCACCUUUUUCUAUAGUAUCUACAGAACCAUUUAUUCUACUAGGUGAGGUGGCUCAACCAGAUGAUUAUCAUGAUGUGAUGGAUGAUACUGAAGGUGUAUGCGAUUUCUAUAAUGAUGACGAUGAUGAUGAUGAUGUUUCAGCCAUGCCAUGUGUAUAA